AUGGCCAUCCUGGGCGCCCUCAAGCUCGCCCCGUCUCCACCCGCCCUCGCCGGAGCCGCGCCACCGGCGACGUCUACGCCCGCGCGCUCCUCGGUGCACUUCCACCUCGCCAAUGCCGGCGCCGCCGCGCUCGUCGCCGCAUCGCUCCUCGUCGCCGACCCCGCCGUGGCUUUCAUUGUCCGCCCGCCGUUUACUUACCCUGCCUUGUUUCUGCUGUCCUCCCAAGGAGGAGGCCCGUAUGGGAAGCAGGUGACGCGGGGGCAGGACCUCACCGGCAAGGACUUCAGCGGCCUGACGCUCGUCAAGCAGGACUUCAAGACGUCUAUACUGAGGCAGGCGAACUUCAAAGGCGCGAACCUGCUCGGCGCGAGCUUCUUCGAUGCAGACCUCACAAGCUUUGACCUCUCUGAUGCUGAUCUUCGAGGCGCCGAUUUCUCGCUGGCGAAUUUAACAAAGACAAACUUAUCAAAUGCCAACUUGGAAGGGGCACUUGUCACAGGAAACACUUCUUUCAAAGGUGCCAACAUAACUGGGGCAGAUUUUACCGAUGUCCCGCUGCGAGACGAUCAACAGGAAUACCUCUGUAAAAUUGCUGACGGAGUGAAUUCAACCACUGGGAACACCACCAAGGAGACUCUGUUCUGCAGCUGA